UGUUAGCGCUGAGAUAGUAGGAAAGGGCGGAGAGUGUGCGACGGGUGGUGACUGAGUUGGUGAUCGGGAGUGGUUUAUCCCCCUCCACCGGACAGACUCGGGGCGUCCGGUGGUAAGGGGGAAUCAGCUGAUGGGAAAUGGUGAACCUUAAACUGCAAAACUAUUUUUCGACAAGAUUUCGUGUCGCGAAGGGGAAUAGAAAUCCAGGAUAUUCACGAUAGGCCCAUUUUCUACUACAUGGAAAUACGUGUAACUGAUUCUACAAGUUCCACAAAUUUUGCAUUUUCCAAUUGGCUCAUAUUUUUAGCUAAAGGCAUGCAAAAUGUCCCUAGUUCAGCCAGCUGUUUUUGAGUUCUUAAGAACAUUUUCGUUUUUUCCUAUAGCCAUGGGGGGAUACCAAAAGUUAAAUAUAGACUCUUUUCCUGUGUCGUGUGUAAUCGAUCGCUUAUUAGGUGUCGAUAGCGAGUCAUUUGAAUGUAAUGGGACGCACUGAUCCUCUUUCGUCUUGAAAAUAAAGGCUCAUUAAUACGCGUUCGAAAAAGACGAGAUGUCCUCUGAGGUAGAUUAACCUGUUGUUAUUGGGCAUGAUUAGAGAAAAAAGAGCGAUAACGUUACGUCACGUGCGCCGCUACAACACCCAACGAUAUAAAAGUGCCGCAUGGCUCUACCGAUGGGCGUCACUACUUGUCUUCUCCUCUCCAGCUGACUGAGAAAUCGUUGGUUAGACCGAAUUCGGUAGCCAACCGUGCAACAUUGAAUAUUGUGAACUAUAAGUUGCCAACCAGAAAAAAGAAAUGUCACACGAUCACCAUAUGAUGGGUCAUGAUGGACAUGAUAUGCAUGCUGCCGGUAUUGAGACGACGACCAUGCAUGAUCACGCUGCGAUGAUGAAGGAAGCUACUACUGUACAUAAUCACGGUGACGGAAGUGGCGGAAUGAUGAUGAUGAUGCAGAUGUACUUCUAUGCCGAUUACACAGCUGUUGUCCUAUUCAAACAAUGGGACAUUCAAUCUGUUGGUGCCAUGGUGGGAUCCUGCAUCGGAAUUUUUCUCAUGGCUAUCCUUUACGAAGGAUUGAAAUACUUCCGGGAGUACCUGAGUCGGAAAAAUUAUGCACCUGUUAAUUACAACAAUGUUAAAACACCCGAAGGAGGUAGCGAAGCAUCUAGUCAAGUGAGAACGCCAAUGAGCUUCAAGACGAGUGUGACCAGUGCGUCCCAUUACAUUCAAACGGCCUUACAUCUUUUGCAGAUGAUCAUCUCCUAUUUCCUCAUGUUGAUCGUGAUGACCUACAACGUCUGGCUCUUUAUCUCAGUGAUUCUGGGCUGCACCGUGGGCUAUUUCUUCUUCGGAUGGCGAAAAGGAUUUCUUGUUGAUAUUACAGAACAUUGCCAUUAGGCAUAAUUGGCACAAGUUGAUGAGAGUUGACCUUUACUCUUUUUCCACGAACCAACGGGAUCAAGUGUGUGUACAUUUUUUCACGUGGGAUUUAUUGUGUUCUGUUCCAUCGCGUUGGAAUUGUGAACGUUGUUACAAAUGAUUCUAUAGUCCGGUGUAUGAUUUGACAUUCAAUUCGAAUAAAUGAGAUGUUAUAGCAAAA